GAUGAUAAAUACGUUAUUUGACGCGUCUUGGAGACUAUGAAAAGUCAAGUGAUGAAAAAAAAAAAUAGGAAUAGAGAGAGAAUUCGUACCAACCGUAUGUUGACAUAUGUGAUGUGUCUGAGAGUAAGGGAUAGCUCAAGUGGUUAGACUUCCCCUCCUGGUUCUAGGUGAUUAUGGGAUCGAUUCUCAUCACUAGCCCUCGUGAUUCUCUAAACACAAAAAAAAAAAAAAAAAAAAAAUGGUCUAAUCAAACUGUGUCAAUUACUGACGGGUCACAUCUCGAUCCUUAACCGGGUCAUUCGAUUCGAGUUAAUUUUGCCGGGUCACAUUCUACUAUUCGAGCAACCUCCAAAUCUCCAAUCCUCCACCUUCUAACACUGCUCAUCCCCUUCAACCACAAAACCAAGAAAUCAACGAUCAAAGUUUCAGAGAAAACGUAGGAGAGAUGAUGAGAACAGAGGUGCUUAAAGUUUACAGAGAAGUUUUGAAGGCAACUCGUAAAUCAUUUGCAGGAGAUACCCAGAUGCUUAAAGCUUCUGCCAUGGAAGUUCGCUCCAAAUUCGAGGAGAACAAAAACGUCAAUUCCAAAGACGAUAUUCAGAGACUCAUUGAUGAAGCUCAUGAAGCUUCCCAUUUCAUCUCCACCAUGAUCGUCCAAGCCAAGCUCAAUGAACGUGGUGGCUAUGAAAUGAAACCAAGUAAAGAUCAUGCUGGGGCAACCUUGGAAGUUCCAUCAGAGGAGAUUCUGAAGAAAUCAGCAUAACAGACCAAAAUUGGCCCUUAUAUAAUAUUGUUUCACUGCUUGUUUAGGAAAGUUGAUAAUCUCUGGCUGUGGAAGCUUACCACAUUACCAUUCCAUUUCCUUGGGAAUCAGCAGUCGGCUUCAAAAGCCUCUUGUUUCUUGCUUGCCUGGUUCAAGAACAUUAACGAGCAAACAUGUACCGAUUUUUAUGAGCGAUUUUUGGUUGGUUUGCGGUUUUAAACUCUUCUCAAACCAUUUCUGACUUUCGAGAUUAGUAUGUUGGGACUAAGGCUUUGUUGUUGUUUACCAUGUACCGUAGGAACUAAAGAGACCUCUUGCCGACAGUUUAAUAAUUUUUUUUUGUGGGUUGCUCCUAACUCAUUGAAUCAGUGACUAAUGUAUAAGAACAAAGGAGACUUGAAAUCGGAUUUGGUUAUAGUGAACAAGAAUAAUAGCAAUUAGGUUUAAACACC